AUGCCAGUCUCCCGUUCUUUAGAGAAGAGACAGGGAGGCUGAUGCGCUCGCCUCGCUGCCCCUUACGCAUUGGCUGAACGGAGACCUCUGCUGUUUUUUCAGCUUAUAUUUUUAGCAGCGGAGGUCGGACUCGUAUUGCAUCGCGCGUGGUAGAAAGUGCAGUUCAUCCGCAGUGCUGCCGAGCGCCGGAGAACCGCAGUGUGCCGCGCGGGGGAACGCUCGAGCUCAGCACACUCAACGGGUCCGCUAUUACGGCGAAUGAUCUGAAGUAAACGCGCGGGUCUGUUCGCGGAGCGCCGGAUAUCUCGUCUAGGCUGUCUUGCUAAGCCCUUGUUUUGGAAAUGGCCAGUCCCGGAGACGAUUCGGCUUCAAAUGCCCCUCUGGAUCAAGCCGAAUCUGCUGACGCUGCCCCGGAACCAGCGUUUCAAGAGGCUCAAAAAUGGAUCGAGGCAGUGACGGGAAGAAGUUUCUGUGACAAGGACUUUAGAAGCGGCCUGGAGAACGGCAUUCUGCUCUGCGAGUUGCUGAGUUCAAUCAAACCAGGCCUUGUGAAAAAGAUCAAUAGACUUCCAACACCCAUCGCAGGGCUGGAUAAUCUAACCAUGUUUCUGAGAGGAUGUGAAGAGCUGGGAUUGAAGGGAUCACAGCUGUUCGAUCCCGGAGACCUGCAGGAUACGUCGAUACGAGCUAACUUAACGGGCUCUGACUGCUGCAGAAAGCUGAAGAAUGUGCUCAUAACCAUAUACUGGCUUGGUAAAGCUGCUAACAGCUGCACAACAUACAACGGCCCCACACUCGACCUGAAAGAGUUUGAGGGGCUUCUUUCCAUGAUGCGAAAGGAGUGUGUUAAUGAAGAUUUAGACUCCCCUAAGCGCAGUAUAAGGGACAGCGGUUACAUUGACAGCUGGGAAUCAGAGCGCUCUGAUUCGCUGUCUCCUCCGAGGCAUGGCCGUGAUGAUUCGUUUGACAGUCUCGACUCAUUUGGCUCACGAUCGCAGAACACACCCUCCCCGGACACAGUUAUUCGCUGCAACAGUGAUGACUCUGAAGGCGAUGCUGGACAUAGGAAAUUGCCAGACGUACGUAAGGAUGACAUGUCUGCCCGCCGCGUGUCCUACAAAGAGCCUCGCGCAGCUCUACCCUUUAAUCAGUAUCUGCCAAACAAGAGCAACCAGACCAACUACCUUCCAGCUCCCCUGAGGAAGAGGAGGAGCGACCGAGAGGAAGACAGGAGGAGUCUGAGCAACUCCACAUCUCCUGUAGGAGGAGAAAGACCUCUCAGACAAGAGUGCUUAGAAGUGUUAAAAGAGGAGGCUGUCGUGUCUCGAAGCCUUGCGAUCCAGAAAAAUUCCACCUGGGUGAAUGAGGAAAGGGCGGAGUUUGAGGAGGCAGAGCUUAAGAAAAUAAGAAAGCUGGAAAAGGCGGGAAUAAAAGUAUUACCUGCCUCUGUGCGAUAUAGCAGUCCAAUUGUGAACCCCGUGGAGGGCAGUAAAGCUAAAGCUCCUUCACCUGACAUCAUUCUGCGUCGUGACAAUGAGUUCAUGCGUGCCGCUGCUCCACAACAGUGGGAUUCGAAUGAUGAGGACGAUGAUGAAGAGGCAGAACGAAAGGUUCCAGAUGUCCGUAAGGAUGAUCUUGCUUCUCGCAGGGCACGAAUGAAUCAGUUUAAACCCAGCGUGGCACAUCACUUCCUGCCAGGCUCUUGCAGCUGGAAGGACCGAGAAAAAUGGGAGGGUAUCAGACUGGCAUCCCAGCAUGCCGUGUUGGAGAGGAUGGAGAAGAUGGAACAGGAGAAAAGAAGUCAGGCUGACUCCGCCUCCCCGGAGGUGCCAAUUAUAAUUCGCAAGGACAAUCCUUUCCUAAAUCCUGAAAAAGACAGGGGAAAAGAGGGGAAUGAGGAAGAUGAGAAAGAGCUAGAAGGGAAGAUAGUUGUUCCAAACCCACUCAAAGAUGAUCUUGCCAGGAGACGGGCUGGGAGAGGGCCACACCCUCCCAAAGAUCCUCAUCAGUCAUUGGCCCAGACUUCCAUCACUCAGUCAGACCUGGAGACAUGGCAGAGGCUCAAGAUGAAUACAGAUAGCAGUGAGUCUGAAUCCACUCCUGCUGAAGUGUCAAUCAUAACUCGCAAGGACAACCCCUUCCUGACCCCUGAGAAAGACAGUGAGAGCGAGCGGGAAAAGGAGGAGGGAACAGACAGAGAGAAAGGGGCGAGGGUGGCGAUGCCCAAUGUAAAGACAGAUGACCUGGCCAGAAGGCGGGGCCAAAGUGGGCCUGUCCCACAGAGGGACCCCCGGCAGUCAUUGGCUCAAACAACCAUCACUCAGUCAGACCUGGAGAAAUGGCAAAGGCUCAAGAUGAAUACAGAGAGCAGCGAUGACCCUAUUGUCCCUCUGUGUCAGACGUGUCUUGAGAAAGGCUGCCUCUCUGUUUCCUCCAAGAUGAAGGUUGCCAAGAACGACCUGGCCAGUUGCCGAGAACGUUCCUCCGGUGAACGGCGGCGUUUUGUGACAUUUGGGGGUGUGACAGAGAUGGAGAGUACUUCCUGGAAAGAGGAGGAGGAUGAGGAAGGGGGAGAGGGACAGGGGGACGAGGCAGAGAAGCUUCGAUAUCUCCUCUCGAUGGCACCUGUUGCUGUGCCCACCAUAGGCCUGGGCUCCAUACUGACAAAGAGAGCCGUGGGCAGUGGAGAUGCAAACCCUGAGCCUCCUCCCAUCAUGCCCCCUGAACCUCCGAACCCUGUUAUGUUUGACCUUAAAAGGCCUUUGACCUCCACCGAGCGCAGAGCGCUGGAGGAGGAACUGGCUCAGAAAGCAAAGGAUGAGAGGGAGGACUAUGAAGAGGAUGAAGAAGAAGAAGAAGAAAAAGAGAGGCAACCAGAUAUAGAAAAGGAUGACAUGCUAGCUCGUAGAACAGGAGCAUUUCCGAAGCCAGGAAGCGGGACUUCGUUUAACAGAUUCCUCCCGCAGCCAGCAUCCAAGAGAGAGGGUGCUACGGCAGCUUCCUUAGCGCAGAAAGGAACGAGUGGAGACAGAGAUCUCCAAUACUUUGAAAGAAGCAUAAAGACAAAGAGAUCCAAGAUCGGACAGAGAAAUGAACCAGUCGUUCCAGUUGCUGUAGUUACAGAAAAGAGCUCCGACAUUGCACAUUCUUCUACAACUAACGCCACUCGCUCUGACAAUUACGAUGAUGAUGAUGAUGAUGAAUGUGGGGAUGAUGAUCAGCUGCCAGAUUUUGAGAAGGAUGACAUGCUUUCGCGAAGAACCGGAUCUUACCAAAAGCCAAGUGCAGCACAGUCUUUUAAUGCUUUUCUGCCCAAACCUGGCGCUGUCAAACAUAAAAUCACUCCAGUCAGUGGAUCGCAGUCGUACCUCAAGCCAAGAGAGCAAGAGACAGCCCCGUCUCCGGACAGCUUCACCCUUAGCUCUGUGACCCCGCCCCCAAGAGAUGCUGAGGACACGCCUAGGAAGUGCCCUCAGAUGAUGGACAGGCAGGAGGCGGGCUCUGUGGGUGUGGUGGGACAUGAAAGUCUUAUUAAAGAUGAGACUAUUACCAAAAGCCCCUCCCCCAGACCUCACCAACCCCGUCGGCCCCUUUGGCAGGAAGAUGAUGAUCUCCCCCCAAUAUUCAGAGCUACUAGUGUUUCUGACACAGAGAGUAUGAGUUUGAUUGACAUGCGUGAUGAAGAGGAUGAGAUGGCCUACCUUCAGCCACACAGCCAAUCACGACAUGAGCACCUACACAACCAGUACAACAAACUCAAAGAGGAGGAGGACCAGUGGCAGGACGACUUGGCCCGCUGGAAGAAUCGGAGGCGAAGUGCAUCUCAAGAUUUGAUCAAAAAGGAAGAAGAAAGGAAGAUGAUGGAGAAGCUAAUGACGGCGGACGGAGGACCUGGCCAUCGCAGGAAGAGUAUCAAGACAUACAAAGAAAUCGUAGAGGAGAAAGAACGUAGGGAACAGGAGCUACAUGAACAAUAUUGUAAGGCCUCCACCCCAGAAGAGAAAGCAGGUGUGCUUCAACGCUAUGCUCUCCGUUUCACCAUCAGCGAUGCCAUAUUAGAGAAACUUCAGCUCCCCAAACUACCUUCUGCUGCUCCACCAAUGCUCACGUCACCUCUUCAUCAACCCGAGAAAAAGCCGACACGCACCACCUUGGCAGAAGCAGAGGCCCCAGAGCCUGAAAAAACACCCCAAACACCCCACAGUGUUCAUAUAGAGCCGAAGACUGCACAAAAACAGGCACUGGCACAGCCCAAAUCCCCUGAACCAUCGCCUUCUGAGACCUCCAAAGCUCCAGAAGUCCUGUCAGCACCCACACGAGUUCCUCCGGCUCCAUCGAAGCCUGUACCCCUGAUCACCCCAAAACCCUACAGCCAGCCCAAAUUCAGCCAAGGCGUCCGCAAAUCAGUGAAGAGCGAUGGGCUGAUACGUGUGAACGGUGACAGCACUCAGAGAGAGAGCAGAGAGAAGAAUGAUAGAGAUUCUAUGUCGAGUCCUAAAGUCAACUUCUCUUCCUCACCCCCAAAGCCUGACACGGAGAGUAAACAAAAAGAGGAGCUCGUUGUUUUAGAAGCCUCAGAACGCCAGCAAAAUGUGCAGGUGUCCACUUCUGACAAGGAGAAGGAAGUCGUAAAGGAGGAAAAAGAGUGUUCUCUUAGACCUCAGCAAGAGAACAGCAAAGAAGACACUUCAGCCACACUGUCGCUCUCAGAACCAGAAGGAAAGCAGUCAGCGCCUGACGCGAUGAUGAAGCGCAGCUGCGUUGUCACAACGACCAUAGUGACCGAACUCACUCAGACACAUCCCGUCCCGCCGAACGAAGCGUCCAGCACCGAGCAGCUGGAUUCAGUCCAUAGUUCAUGUGAUGUGAGUUUAAGUGUGGAGUCAAGCAAGGCCGAGCAGACUUCAUACUCGCUCUCAGUGACAGAUUCCUCGCAUACCUCUAAUAGCUCUAGGUUACGCUGGGAGUUCUUCGCUCCAACAGAGGGGAUCGACUACUCCAUUGAUUGCAUUGAAACCCCAAUGUUGAACCUUGCAAAAAGGGUUGAUCACUGGACGUGGGACCCAAAUGAAGAGCGUAGGCGACAGGAGAGGUGGCAGCAGGAGCAGGAACGCCUGCUGCAGGAGAAAUAUCAGCGAGAGCAAGAGAAGCUAAAGGAGGAGUGGGAGAGAGCUCAGAGAGAAGUGGAAGAGGAGGAGAGGAGACACCAUGAAGAGGAAAUGCGGAUACUGGAGGAAACCGUGACCCCACUGACCCCUCGCACCUCAGCCUUAGCAUCCAGCACGGUGACAGAGGCUCCGUCCCUCAGCCAGCCCUCAGCCCCACAUGACACCAUUGUCCUCUCUUUGGCUGACUGGGAAAGGAAACAGGAAAUGUUGGAGAAACAGGCACAGACAAACCAGAGUAACGGACUCACACACAGCCCUGAUCAAGUAAUCACACCAGCUCAGCAGAACGGUCAGAGAACUGAACCUCAGGAGAGCCAAACAGCUACACCGCAGCUGCAGUUUAUACAGGAUGGCUCUUGGAGCUGUAAGACUAAAGACAGACAAGAAGAUUUAAAGAAAACUGCCUCACUGGAUCGUAAACAGAGUCCACCUCAGAGCCAGACCACAAGGAUGAGGAGGACUGGGUCGUGUGAAAAUGUUUUAGGGACACACCCAUCAAAAUCACCCACACCAUCACAAGACACGCCACCUCCAUCACCCAGCAGGUCAGUAAGUGGAAAGAAGCUUUGCUCCAGUUGUGCACAUCCCUUGGGUAAAGGAGCAGCUAUGAUCAUUGAGAGCUUGGGGUUGUACUUCCAUAUUCAGUGUUUUAAGUGUGGAAUAUGUAAAGGGUUACUUGGAGACACAAGUGCUGGAACUGACGUCAGAAUUCGAAAUGGACUUCUUAAUUGUCAAGAAUGCUACAUAAAAUCAAGAGCUGCUGGCCAGCCGACAACAUUGUGAUGCUUCUGGAAUUCUGACAAAGAAAUGGAACUGAAACCAGGUUAAAGCGACCCAGGACCAUACCCAGGAAGAAUGGAUUUUACGUUCAUACAACGUCUUCGACAGUUUUACUUACGGCACAAUCAAGCACAGAGAUUAAGUCAAAACUGGAAUCAUGGAUACAUGAUGGGUUUUCCUCUGAACUUUCUUUGACCGACUUUGUGCUCGCUGAAAAACAAAUUUAUCGCUUACGUGAUUAACAGUCCAUGAGAUAUUACAGAGAUUACAGUGAAUUUGUUCGUACUGUUAGUUUUACACUUUAGAACGAGAAUAACAGUAGCACUUUACCUCACGGUGGCCAUGUUACACACAUCUCAAUAGCACAAAGGCCAAAAAACGUACAUAUUUUCAUAAAUAGAGAUAAAGUCAAAUGCCUGUGCCAUUUACGUAAAUAAUAUCUAGGUAGCUGCAUACACUCUCACAGCACUUGACACUUCAAAAUAUGUUAAUAAAUACAAUAUAGGUGCUAAUAUGUACCUCAAAGAUACUGAUUCUUUUUAGUGUAUAAACGAUAUCAAAAUCUAAAGAUUCACUUGAAUCAGAAAACCGAUUUGAAGAGGCCAAUGGUUAAGGCUCAUUACAUCAUUCUGGGAAAAAAGCAUGUUUUGCCAUUGGCAGCCAUUUAAAAGUAGAAAUGUUUUCUGACUAAAUAAGCAACUCAAGGCUGUAAACAUGUAAACAGUUGGGGGGAGGGGUUUGUAAUGGUCUUUUUUUUACAGGAAUUAAAGACUUAUGAAAAAAAAUAUGGAAGAAAUAAGAAAAAUAGUCAUUUUUGUAGAAACAAUAAGAAAAAAUGAGAGGAGUAAAAUAAGAACAAUAUUUUUUUUGUACAGUUAUCAAUCUGAGUUGUUGCAAAUAAUAUUUUUAUUUCAAAAUUUGCCACCAAUUUACCUACGUGAAAAUGCAAGAGGGCGGCAUAAUUUGAAACUGGCAAAAAUAAGGGUAUUACCGUUGGAUGUUUAACAUUUUUACUAUAUUAAAAAGAUUCAAAUGAUAUUAUAAUAUAAUAAAGCAAAUCUUUUAGUAUACUCACUACUGAGGGCAUAUAGCUAGAAUCAUCUACAUUCACAUACUUGUUUAGAGUAUGAUUUGGACCUAACACCAAUGACGUGGAAUUAUUAUCUUAUUAUUAUUAUUAUCUACAAAAUAGCUACAUAUUGACUGCAUGUUGUAUUACUAAAUACACUGUAACAUGGGCACUGUAAAGUAGAGUGAGACUGAAUCCAUUUCCAUUGUGAGGAACAUGAGGUAGCACAAAUGUCCAGUUUUCAUUUAAGAAAAUUUUGCAUUAAUAAUAAUCUCAGUUUUUGUAAAGGUCUUGCAGGUAUGCCACAUAAUUCUUAAAUGUUUUACUAACAGACGACCGCGUUAUUUGCGACUCUUAGGCCUAGCUGAUUCGUCCCGAUGCCUUAAAUGACGACAUGAAAUGAAUACAGAUAAGAUUGUCCAUCACCUUUUUUCAUUUCUGUUUUGAAAACACACGAACUGGAGUGGUUUUGAUUUAAAUGUUCUGUUCCUUCCUCCAUUUCUCAUUGCCUGUUUUAUCUUGUUUGAUCGGUGAGGGGUUUGAUACUUUAUUUGUGCAGUAUUGUUUAACAGCAUGUUGCUAAUGGGUAGAUCUUACAUUUCCAUUUGAUUAUUUUUCAAAACCUGUUAUUAAUAUUUACGUUUUUGCUCUGCAGUUGAAUAGUAAGAAGAUGCAUGAUCCCCGAAACUUUCCUUGAUUACGCUUUACAUUACAAUGUCCAUAUCACACGUGCAUUACGCGCUACUAAAAACGUAAAGUAUCAACAUUAACUGUGCAAAGCAGCUCCACAUAAUCGGAAGUAUUUUAUGCGAUAACAUAUAAACACUGUAAUGUAAACUGUAACCCUUUUUUUUUUUUUUUAGUAUUCCAUAAAUUGGGUUUUGUGUGUUCUGUUGCCUUUCUCUCUUCUGCAAUGUUGUGCCUUAGAAAUGCGCUCCUAGAUAACGUCUAGUGUCGGCCACCCUUGCAUCCAAAGCUUCAAGUUACCAAUGUGUAUUGGUGAGAGUAUUAUGCAUAUGCACUGAGCACUCUGCUUUUACCCUUGUACUUUAUUCGAACACUAUGAAUGUGCGGACAAGAGAUUUCAAAAAACGAAACAGACACCCUCUGUAAGCUUUUCACUCACUUCACGUGCAUUUAGAGAUUGCUCAGUAUAUCUAUAUUUAUCUAAAUCAACUGGAAAGGAUUGCGGUCCUACGUGUCACCAAAAUAUCAAAUUGAAUAACGAGGACGGAUUGCAUUCAGCAACGCUAGCGUAUACAAUUCCUGCUUUUUUAACUUCUGCUUACGCUUUCUGUUAAUAUUUGAGAUUAAAAGACAUUGUCAUUUAGAAGCGGGGGUUUUGAUUGUUGCUUGUUUAUUGUUUGUUUUAUUUUGUGACAUUUUAAGAAUAUGAACCGAAACAGAAGUAAGGCAAUAAUUACUGGAAAGAGUAGCCAAGGAUGAGUGAGAUGUGUGUGACAAAUAACUUCAUAUUCUGUAUUUAUUAUGCCCUUUUAAAAAUGAGCGAUAUAAGACAACCUACAAGACGCUGAAAUGCAAUGGCUUUUAUAGCAAGUGUAUGUUUUUAAAUAAACUGUAAUAAACUAUUUUAAAUGCA